CGUCGGGAGCGCGCAUGCGGGGGAGGGAGGUGGAGGAGGAGGAGGAGGAGGAGGAGGAGGAGGGAGGCGGCGGAGCGGCGCUGGCGGGGCCUGGCCGGGCCGGGUCGGCGCGUCUCCUCCCGAUCGGCCCGCAGCGGGGGCAGGCGGCGAGCCGGCCGCGGCGGCCGCAGGUGGAUGCCCGCCGCCCGGCAUGGAGCAGGCCUGCGAAGUGAGCCGCCGCAGCUGCCUCGUCCCCUUCGGCACCUCGCUGGCGGCCGCCGAGCCCAAGGGCGGCCCGUUCGGCGAGGCCCGCGGCCCCGAGCCGCCCGCCAUGCAGCUGGCGGCCGCCAAGCCCGUGUACGGCCAGGACCCGUCGUCCUGCUACAUCCCGCUGCGCCGGCUGCAGGACCUGGCCUCCAUGAUCAACGCCGAGUACCUCGGCGGCGCCGCCGACGGCGCUGAGGCCCUGCCCGACCCCGGCUCGCCGCCCCCCCGCGGCCCCGGGGACCCGCCGGGAGGCGCCGACGGCCCCGGCCCGGCUGCAGACGGGGCCCCCCCGGCCUUCCCGUUGCUCCUCCCGGACGGGGAGGACGAGGAGGAGGAGGACGAGGAGGAAGAGGAGGAGGAGGAGGAGGGGGAAGAAGGCGCCGAGACGCCGGAGGAGGAGGACGAGGAGGAGGACGACGACGACGAAGAGGAGGAGGAGGACGAAGACGAGGAGGCCGCCGGUGGUGCCCGGGAGCGGGCCGCGGCGGAGCAGAGCCGUGCGGGGCCGCAGCGGGGCCCCGGCAGCCCGGAGCCGCCGCCCCGCCUGCAGCGAGCCGAGCUGCCGCUGCUGGACGGCGGGGGGGACAAACCCGAGCCUUCCGCCACGGCGGCCCUGCAGCUCAUCCGAGCCAAGAAGAAACCUACUCCAGUGAAGUAUGAAGUUGGGGAUCUUGUUUGGGCCAAGUUCAACAGACGCCCAUGGUGGCCAUGCACAAUUUGUCAUGACCCAGUGCUGGACUGUCACUCAAAAAUGAAAGUUUCCAAUCGGAGACCAUACCGAGAGUACUAUGUGGAUGCCUUAGGAGAACCUUCCGAGAAAGCCUGGGUGGCUGGCAAAGCCAUUGUCCUCUUUGAAGGAAGACACCAGUUCGAAGAGCUGCCUAUUCUGCGGAGGAGAGGAAAGCAGAAAGAAAAAGGCUACAAACAUAAGGUUCCCCAGAGAUUUAUGGCUAAAUGGGAAGUCAGUGUUGGACAGGCAGAAGACAUUCUUCUCGGGGGGCCAGAGGAUCAAAAGUGCAGCCAGAACUCCAGCGAGCUGGACAGCGAGAAGGAAGUGCAGUCGGAAUACUAUGCCAAUGGCCCUGGAGCCGAAAAGGACAGGCAGCUGAAUGGCUGUUUUAAAUCCUUGGCGUUUGACUCGAGACACUCAGCCAGUGAAAAAGGAAAAUUGCACAUUAAGCCACACGUGAAAAAGAGCUCUGACAGCAGAAAGAGGACUAGAGUAAAAAAGAAUAGCAUGAGAGGAGAAGCUUCCAAGGGAGAAAUCAAAGAAAAAAUGCCAGAGAGCAUAGUUAAAAACAUGAUGGUUGGGGACCUACCAGAUAAACACGCAUCUCAUGAACUUCGCCGGAUUGCGAACAGCCUAACGGCAUCCAAUAGUGCCAGGGAAAACCAUUUGCUCUCCUCCUUUGGAGAAAGACAUUUUGAAAAGAUGACUUUGAAACCAGACUACGAGAACUGUAAAAGUGGUGCUCUGAAGAACACACUCCAAGGGGAUUUGUUUUCCAGCACAUCUUUGGAGAGAGAGAAGAGUUCCCUGGGCAUUCUGUGCAGUUCCAAGUUACAAAUACACUAUUCUGCGUCUGAGGCUGGCAUUGAGAAAAAGCAAACGGAGUCAGAUUCAUCCUCUUCCCUCUCGGAUGGUGGGAACAGCGAUGUGGAUACCAUGGACCAAAGUUCAGAGAGAGCCUCUAGCACUCUUGAAGUCAGUGAUUCUUCAGAUAAGAUGGAGAAGGAAUUUCCUAUGACGUCAAGUGGAAACAUUAAGCUUUCUAUGUAUUUUUCUCAGAAGAGCAACAGAAGGGCCAGGAAGAAGUCGUACAGAGAUCGCAAACCUCUGGGAGGUUCAGCAACCAGCAGGCUUGAUGCUGAAUUUGCACAUGGGGAGCUUGAAGGAGGCUCCUCUGAUGCUGAGAUGUCAUUGACAACUCUUGAGCGCUCUUCAGAUGUGAGAAAUGACAAUCUUUCCCUAGCAAACAAACACACUACUCCCCAAAGUGUUUCCAAGGACAACUCCUGGUCUGCUGUUGCAAAUCAAACAACCUUAAAACCGAAAAGCGUGAAAUUGCCCCGGAUCAGGAGUAUCAAAUGCAAACAUAAAGAAAAAGGUUCUGGGUUGGAGCCUUCUCUUGCAGAAGAGGAGGGUGGCAUGAAGCGCUGCUCUUCUGAUACCAAAGGGUUCUCUGGCCUUCAGAAAGAUUCUCUUCUGAGAAGUGGAAAAGUCGAUGGUCAGAAACUGUUAAACAACGUGCACGAGAAACCCAGGGAUUCUGCUGAAAUAGAAACGGCCGUGGUGAAACACGUCUUGUCGGAGCUGAAGGAGCUCUCUUACCGGUCCAUGAAUGAUGAUGCGAGUGACUCUGGCACUCCGAAGGCCACAGUACCUUUACUUUUCUCUUCCGCCUCUGGUCACGGUCGUUUGCCCAUUGAGCCAAAUUACAGAUUCAGCACCUUGUUAAUGAUGUUGAAGGAUAUUCACGACAGUAAGGCAAAAGAGCAGCAGCUGAUGACUGGUCAGAACAUAGUCCCGUAUCGAAAUACCAGCACAGCCGAUGGUUCUGGAAGCAAUUCUGCGAGUGGUCUGACAUCCUUGUCUAUUGUAGGUCCCCCGUAUAAAAUAGAAAAAAAUGGAGAUUGUGUCCAGGAAACGGUCAAUGCGAACUCCAGUAUAAGCAACUCCUCAUUUUCACGCAAUCCUCCAGCCAAGUUAACAGGGAUUGGUACUAGUAAGAGGGAGCCUGCGAAUACUGCUGUUUCUGGGACAAAUGGCACAAAUUGCGUGUCCAAACGCAACUGUUCAAAAUCUAAGCAGUCAUCAAAGCUUGGAGAUAAGACAGUUUCAAACAGAAAGGACUUAAAACCAGGAGGGCCAAGUAAGUUGUUAAGUCGGUUAUCCAGAGAUUCAGGAGAACAUGCAUUCCGCGUUCACGGUUCGGUUACCAGUCCUCUAGGUAAUGAAGCAGAAGAUACUGGGAGGAAAGAGUCUGUUGAUUUAACAGAACAUUCAACUGAUGAAGACUCUGCUUGUUUAUCUGAUGACAAUUUAGGUCGUAUUGGAAGGAGACCUGAAGCUGGUAGAAAUACUGAGAGCUGCACUUCUGCUGAAAAUGGGGAGAGUCCAGACUUGGAUUCAGAGGCAAAUAGUGAGAGCUCUCUUGGUGAUGAGGCUAAUGAGAUAAAUCAUGUAGCACCCAAAAAGCGAUGGCAGCGUUUUAACCAAAGCAGUGCUAGAUCUAAUAAGCACAUCAGUAGAUCUAGGGAACAAGGAAACUUGGCGAGUGCCUUUGGCCUGAAUUCUCAUGGCUUUUCACUGAAGGGAAAUGAGUGCUUGGGACGUAGGCAUUCCCCUCAUUCAAAGGUGCUUGAGGGAGACCUAACAGGUCAGGACUAUGAGAAUCGUUUAGACUUAGUUGAGAAACGUUUGAAUGUAUGUGGUAAGCCAAACAACAGUGUGAUGGACUCAGAAACAGAGCUUGGCAACUUUGCUCCCCAGUCUGAAUUCUCUGCACAAGUACAUUCAGAGAGGAAACGCCUUAGAAAGCCAAGUAAACGGCUUCUGGAAUAUGCAGAAGAAUAUGAUCACUUAUUUGCACCCAAGAAAAAGUCAAAGAAAGUCCAGGAGCAAUUGCAAAAGGUGAAUUCUGUGGCGAGGUCUGAAUUUGAAGGAGGUCUUCCUGCACAGUGCAGUCCUGACAGAGACACCCAGCGGGGGCCGAGCCCUUUGAUUUCAACUCCAUCUUCAACCAAAGAGUCCCCUCCCAUUCUUGAAGCAGAGUGCUCCUUCUCAGAACUAGGAUCCCAUUCCACUGAUCCCACUCACCAACUCCUAGAAGGACCUUCUGAUUUUCCAGAGCUCGUGCUAUCUUCCUCAGAUGUUUCUGAAGUUUCUGCUUCUCCAGAUGCAGAGGAGAGAUUCCUGAAAUCGGGAAACUUUGAGAGCAAACGUCAAAGGAAGCCCACUAAAAAGCUCUUGGAAUCCAAUGAUUUGGACACUGCCUUUAUGCCAAAGAAGGAGGAGUGGACUCCCCCAAAGAAGGGCACUGGUCCUUCAGAGAGCGACAGCUCUGAACUGUACUCGCCAGCCCACUUCUCAGACCUGGGAGAAGCUCCUGAAAAGGUCUUGGAGAAGCAACGGAAGCGGAAGAGACAGCGCCAUCCCUCUGUUGCAAUGCAUUCCAAGAAGGAGAAAAACGGGGAAGGGCUGGGGGAGACCCCACAUUCUGAGGGGGAGACAUCGGGUCAUGGGACUGCUACAAGCCCUAAGGAGGGAAACGAAGAGGGGUCUGAGAAUGACCAUGGAGUGCCUUCAUCCAAAAAGAUACAGGGGGAGCGUGGAGGAGGAGCAGCUCUCAAGGAGAAUGUGUGCCAGAUCUGCGAGAAGCCAGGGGAAUUGCUGCUGUGUGAGGCGCAGUGCUGUGGUGCUUUCCACCUGCAGUGCCUUGGGCUCUCCGAGAUGCCAACAGGCAAAUUCAUCUGCAACGAGUGUUCCACAGGAGUCCAUACCUGCUUUGUGUGCAAGAGCUGCGGGGAAGAUGUGAAACGGUGCUUGCUGCCGCUCUGUGGGAAGUAUUACCAUGAAGAAUGCAUACAGAAAUACCCGCCCACAGUCAUGCAGAACAAGGGUUUCCGAUGCUCUCUGCACAUAUGCAUGACUUGUCAUGCUGCUAACCCAGCAAACAUCUCUGCGUCUAAAGGCCGCCUGAUGCGCUGCGUGCGGUGCCCGGUAGCGUACCACUCCAAUGACUUCUGCCUCGCUGCUGGCUCCGUGGUCCUCGCCUCCAACAGCAUCAUCUGCCCCAACCACUUCACUGCACGGAGGGGCUGCCGCAACCAUGAGCACGUCAACGUCAGCUGGUGCUUUGUCUGCUCGGAAGGGGGCAGCCUUUUAUGCUGCGAGUCGUGCCCAGCUGCGUUUCACCGUGAGUGUCUAAACAUUGAGAUGCCAGAGGGAAGCUGGUAUUGUAACGAUUGCAAGGCAGGCAAAAAGCCACACUACAAGGAAGUAGUCUGGGUGAAAGUUGGGCGCUACAGGUGGUGGCCAGCUGAGAUUUGCCAUCCCAGGACAAUUCCUGUCAACAUCCAGAAAAUGAAACAUGACAUCGGCGAGUUCCCUGUGCUGUUCUUCGGCUCCAAGGAUUACCUGUGGACCCACCAGGCUCGUGUGUUCCCGUACAUGGAAGGAGACGUCAGCAGCAAAGACAAGAUGGGGAAGGGCGUGGAUGGCAUAUACAAGAAAGCUCUUCACGAAGCUGCGGUAAGAUUUGAAGAACUGAAGGCACAGAAGGAACUGAGACAGCUUCAGGAAGACAAAAAGAAUGACAAGAAACCUCCUCCCUACAAACACAUCAAGGUGAACCGGCCGGUGGGUAAGGUGCAGAUCUUCACUGCAGACCUGUCUGAGAUACCACGGUGCAACUGUAAGCCAACAGACGAAAACCCCUGCGGCCUGGACUCUGAAUGCAUCAAUCGCAUGUUGCUCUACGAGUGCCACCCCCUGGUCUGCCCCGCAGGGGAGCGUUGUCAGAACCAGUGCUUCUCUAAGCGGCAGUAUCCCGAGGUACAAAUUUUCCGCACUCUGGCACGAGGCUGGGGCUUGCAAGCCAAAACAGACAUCAGAAAGGGUGAAUUUGUUAAUGAGUAUGUUGGGGAGCUAAUCGAUGAAGAGGAGUGCCGAGCCCGAAUCCGCUAUGCUCAGGAGCACGACAUCACCAAUUUCUACAUGUUGACACUGGAUAAGGAUCGAAUCAUUGACGCUGGCCCAAAGGGCAAUUACGCUCGGUUCAUGAACCACUGCUGCCAGCCAAACUGUGAGACUCAGAAAUGGUGUGUGAAUGGUGAUACUCGGGUUGGGCUCUUCGCAAUUGUAAAUAUCAAAGCUGGGACUGAGCUGACUUUCAACUACAAUCUGGAAUGUUUGGGAAAUGGAAAGACAGUUUGCAAAUGUGGUGCUCCAAAUUGCAGUGGCUUCCUAGGAGUGCGGCCAAAGAGCCAGCCCACCCUCACCGAGGAGAAGUCCAAGAAGAUGAAGAGACGGCCGCAGAUGAAGCGCAGGUCGCAGGCAGAGGUGAUGAAGGAACGGGAGGACGAGUGCUUCAGCUGCGGGGACGGAGGGCAGCUGGUUUCUUGUAAGAAGCCAGGCUGCCCCAAAGUGUACCACGCCGACUGCCUCAACCUGACCAAGAGGCCUGCAGGAAAAUGGGAGUGCCCGUGGCAUCAGUGUGACAUGUGCGGUAAGGAAGCGGCUUCCUUCUGCGAGAUGUGCCCCAGAUCCUUCUGCAAGCAGCACCGGGAAGGCAUGCUCUUCAUCUCCAAGCUGGACGGACGCUUGUGCUGCACAGAGCAUGAUCCCUGCGGCCCUAACCCCCUAGAGCCAGGAGAAAUCCGUGAGUACGUGCCUCCCAUGGGAGCACUGACUAACGGCGAUGACCCCCAGCCGGCAGAGCAGCCGCCUGCAGACACAGACCUGAGCGUGCAGCCUUUGGACAGGCUACCUCAGCCUCCGGCCUUCAAACUGCAGUCCCCAGAAAAGCCCCCCUGCCACCCUAGCGCUGCGGCUGCCGCCGUCAGACAAGCCCCCCACCACCCUAGCCCUGAGGCUGCAGCCCUCAAACAAGCCCCCCACCACCCUGGCCCUGCGGCUGCCCCCGCCAGACAAACCGCCCGCCGCCCUGGCGCUGAGACUGCCGCCCUCCAACAAACCCCCCACCACCUUGUCGCUGAGGCUGAAGCCGUCCAACAAACCCCCCACCACCCUUUCCCUCCGGCUGCAGCCCUCGGACAAACCUCCCACCACCCUCUCGCUCCGCCUGCAGCCGUCGGACAGGCCCCAGGCUGCCCUGUCCCUGAGGCUGCAGUCGGAGAAGCAGCCCAUCAUCGUCGCGCUGAAACCUCAGCAGCCCGACAAACCUCCCGCCAACGCCGUGCUCUGGCCGCUGGACGAGGCUCCCAGCGACGCCUCGCAGCCUCCUCUGCCCAGCAAAUCUCCGGGCAGCCCCCAGUCGUCGGACGAGGCGCUCGGUCCUGCCGCUGCCCUGCAGCUCCAGCUGUCGGAGGAGCCUCCUGCCGCCGCUGAGGUUUUGGAGCUAGCGGACAAGUCGCUCGGCGACAGCGGGACCCAGCAGCCCGAGCUGCUGGAUGAGUUUCCGACAAAAUGCCUGCACCCUCAGCUGGCGGACAGACUUCUCGCCACGGCAGGGACCCUGCAGGCACAGCCCGUGGACGAGG